GUCAACGCUUCCCAGCGAUUUUGAAGUUGCCUAGAUACUAGAUCGCGAGAUGGCGCUGUUUUUGAAGUAAUUAAUUGUUUGUAGAGAGAAACGCGCAGGCGCAGCAUGUAGCAUGCAGCUAACACACACAACUGUCAUCUCUUUCUUUCUCUCUCAAUCGAUCGAUCAUUAAUUGAAAUACAUGCUACAAUUCAUUCAAAUAAAUGUGGUCUUACCGCACUAUUUCAUCUCUGUGUAUGAUUUGAAGCUGGUAGAAUGCUAGCGCUAACGAGCCUGCUAAAAAAAACAAACCAAAAAAAACAAGCCCAAUAGAAACCAUCACAUAAAUUCCAAUGGUUUCCAUUAAAAUACUAUUAUGAACCAUUAGCUUUUUCCAGUAAAACCAUUACAAAAUUCCUUUUUGUAGUGUGUUUUGGGCAUUUUUCCAAUAGGAUUUAACAUCCCAGUAAACACCAUUAUAGUUUCCAUUCAAACCUAUACAUUUCCCAUUAAAACCAUUACAUUUUCUAUUGUGUUUUGGGCAGGGUUCUAUUGUUUUUUUUUCAGCAGGGUGACGAAAAUAACAUUUUACCCUUCUGGUCAAAUAUUGCACUACAAAGAACAAUACUAGUUUUAACUAUUGGCAAUAAAUGCAAUUGAAUAAAUUCAAACUAUAUAUUUUAAUUUAAUUGUAAAUAACAUGCAUGUAAGUGUCUACAGUCAGUUCACACUUAAGUAUAUUCUUUUAAAAUCUUCCAAAGUAUGUGAAAGUGUAGGCUACUUCUUUUUCACAAGCUUAGAGCUCGGUUCAAAUCAGUUGUCAGCUGCAAGAGAGAAUGGUGGUCGUGAUCAUACCUAUAUUGUCGUGAUGCUUCGAUUAGUUUAAUGUCAGCUGUUUUUCUAUUUCUAUUAAAAGAGAGCCAUCAGCAUCAUUACGCACAUAGAGAUUAAUGGGAUGUGAAACGGACUCAUUCAUAUAGAUGUAAUUCCCGAGGUACCAGUCUCAUCUAGACACACACACAAAAACAGAAGGGCAUAAACCUUUACCUCUUUGACCAAAUGUUCCUGUGUGCCCACACAAAUAAAAUGGUCCAUCCAUCAGGAAAUCAUUCAGUAAAUGAAAAUUAAGCGGUGUUCAAUAAAUAUUUUGGAAAGUCAGUCAUUAGCAACCCCACAAUUAUCCAGACGACUGAGGGAAAUAAGCUGAAAUAUUGCCACCCACAUGCUACUUAUGCCUCUAUACUGAAAGCUGCACAUUGACAUACCCAUUUCAAAAACAAUAUUAUACAACAGUUGGUUCUGGUUCAUGCAUGUUUGAUUAUUUGAGCAGUGUUACAAGAGUGCUUAUAUUUAGCACAAAAGCACUGAGACUUUUCAUUGUUGGUAUCACUUUGCUUAUCUAAUUACAGCAUUUCAGACCUGGGCUGCUUUUCCCAAAAGCAUUGUAAGCCUAAAUUGAUCGUAGCUACAUUGGUUUCAAUGGGUCUACGAUGUACUUAAGCUGAUGGUUUUGGGAAACGCAGACCUGAGCAGUGUGGACUGUUCCAGACCAGCUUUGGUUGUAUUUCUCUGUAAUGUGCAAAGCUUGGUUGGAAAACCAUUGAUAAUAAUAAGAAAUGUUUCUUGAGCAGCAAAUCAGAAUAUUAGAAUGAUUUCUGAAGGAUCAUGUGACCAGUGUUGGGAAGUUAACAUUUUCAUACGUAACUGUUAUUUAACUACACAUUUUUCUCAGUAACUGUAAAUGAUUACAGUUACAUUAUAAUUAAAUUAAGUAAUUCUGUUACAAGUUACUCCCCAACACUGCAUGUGACACUGAACAAUGAAGAUAGUAAUGAUGCUGAAAAUUCAGCUUUGCAUCACAGGAAAUAAACUACAUCUUAAAAUAUAUUCAAACAGAAGACAUAUUUUAAGAUAUUUUAAAUUGUAAUAAUAUUUCGCAAUAUUACUUAUUUUACAAAAAAUUUUGAUGUAAUAAAUGCAUUUAAAAACAUUUAAAAAUCGUUCUGACCCUAAAAUUCUGAGUGGUAAGUUACUCUUUAUUAAUUUUACUGAACUAUAAAGUUUGUCAAGUAGGAAUUGUGUGCGCUCAGAACAAACAAAAAGUUCUCAGGUGCGUAGAACAAAAAGAAGAAAGUUUUAGUCCAAUAGGUAACUGAAUUUGUCUGCACACUACAAAAAUUCAAAAAUGUGCAAAGUGUUUUAAAAACAGACCAGAGAGCAUGGGCUGAAACGUCUGCUGGUCUGUUUUUAAAACACUUUGCACAUUUUUUGUCACUUUUUCACUUUUGCAUAUGAAAAAUAAAUAACUACAUUUUUGGUAGACCUUUUUGGUCCGUUUUGAAUUUUUGUAGUGUGCAGACAAAUUCAGCUACCUAUUGAACUAUAAUGAAAAUACCACACUCAAAAUCAUGCUGUUAACAUGUUCUUCCAUUUAUUUAAUACAAAUUUACGAUUAUUUACGACAAUAGGCUACACGGAAAAAUAGAAUGCUCUCUUCAAGUCAAACAUAAUAUUUAAGGCCUCUCAAUCAACCUAAAUACAUUAAUUUAUAUCAACAAAACUCAUGGGAAGAAAUGAGUAACUUUUUACAGUAGGCCUAUAUUCUUAAGCUUUUUCAAGCAUCUUUCACUCCAAAUUAAGCUGGGAAAUUAAAACUUUUUUUGACUUCCUGCAGUAAUGAUUAUAGCUGCAUUUAACUGACAAUACUCUGUAGCUCUACAUAAUAAUGGCCCAUAUCCAAGUAACACUGCGGUGAGCAAUACCUUAAAUAGGCAGCAGAAUUGUUCAAAUUCGCCAGACGAGCCCUAAGCGUUGAAUGACGCACCACACGAGACCACCCAUCCAUCAUCAGCAUAUAAAAGGCACUGCGGGAACCGCACACAACUCACUGCACCGAGAGCACGGGGUGCUACCGCCGUCCUGCCGACCACAGCAUCAGCCGUUCUGGAUGAUACCAGCAAGGAGCAUGGAGGUGAACACAACUGAUAAAGCUCUUCUUUCAGUUGAUGGCACCGCGACGCUCUCCUGUUGCAGCUAUCAUUCCGAAGGCACCGCAACAGCUGACAUGCAUUUGCAGUGCGUGUCGCACUGGACACAUCCAGAGCCAAAGGCGCGAGUGGUGCGCUCCUCCAGCACUGGAAAGCGACCCUCGUCGUCUGAACGCAACCCCAGGAGAUCUCUGGAUCCCUUUUCUGCGUCUCAGCUCUGUAAAACAAAGCAUAUGAGAUAUGAGAGUAAAAACGACGAGCUGGUCAGCGUAAAACCCAGUCACUACCGGCGCAUAGUUGUGCUCGGCGCGCCCCGAGUAGGUAAAACGGCGAUGAUACGCCGUUUUUUGGGUGAUGAUGGAUUCGAGGAACAGUACGAGCCAACAACCGAAGACUUUCACAGCAAACUCUACCACAUCCGAGGAGAGAGAUAUCAGUUAGACAUCCUGGACGCGUCCAAAGAGAGAGACUUUCCGGCCAAGCGAAGACUGUCUAUUCUAACAGGUGACAUAUUCCUGCUGGUGUUCAGCGUGACUGACCAAGAGUCUUUCACGGAGAUCUGCUCGUUACGCGAGGAGAUUUUCACUGCCAAAUCCAAGCUGACCAAGUCCAAAGAAAACAGACAGCUUCCGAUAAUAAUCUGCGCCAAUAAAACGGACUUAAACUCCUCGAGAGCUGUGCAGCACACCGAUAUCCGCCAGUCUCUCGGGAAGGAAAGUGCCCUCUUUGAGGUGUCUGCCAAAGACUGCACCAACCUGAAGGAGAUGUUCGAGGCCCUGGCGGUGCUGGGGGGGCUCCCCGCAGAAACCAGACCCUCUCUCCAUCGAGACAUCUCCAUCCACACGUAUCAAGCGCUGAGCAGCAGAAAGAGAAACAAAAGAGCCGUGAAUGAGCCAUGUGGCGCGGUGCACCCGCUCGCCCGCAGACCGAGUUUCAGUAGCGAUCUGCGGCGCGUAAUGGGCCCGAGCACCCCUAAACGAAGCACACCUAUUGAGAGGUGUCAAAUACAGUAAAAGAGUAACGCUAGGGACUCUGUUUCAAACCUAUGAAUAAUAAUUAUUCAACGAUGUAAGAAUUAUUAUAUUCUAUAAGUCCCUGGCUGGACCAUGGGGCAGAUUCUACACACUGACAAAGUAUUUGUGAAAUGUAUUCAUUAUAACCCUGUUGGAAAAUCGGGCUUAAGAUGGUCGAAACUGGUCAUUAUCAGGUGUAAACUGGUAGACAAACUCGUGGAUCAGCAACAAACCAAAUGAGUUGUUUUUUGGAACACUGCGGCUGGUCAGCCACACUGUAGAAAGUGGUGAUCUGCAAUUGUUAUUCUAAUGUAAUUAAUCUAAUGUAUUUAGAUUGGUUCAUUGAUGUAAAUAUAUUUGACUUGAAAACCGGUCAUUUUCAGAUUACCAUUUUUUUCAGUGCAACUGCAGGACUAAACUGGUCAUUAGCUGGAGUAAACUUGUUCCCACUUGCUUUUCCAACAGGGAAAGGUUGUAAAGCAAGUAUGCAUGAUUUCUUUCUAUUGAAUGUAUUACCUCAAAUUUGUUUCUUAUAGGCCUACUAACGCAGCGAUUCUUGAUAAUAGACCUGUUACCUCAAAUUUGUUUCCACUUUGUCUUGUAUUACAGACAAUAAAUAAUGAAAAUGAAUAAAAAAAACUUGUCUAAGAAAUAUUGCGUCGUUUUUUUUCUCAAAA